CGUUUCCGGCCUUUCGGCUUUCGAUUACUUUUGGCGACGCGUGUUUCAUUGCAUUCAUUCAUAGAGGAUCCACGUUGUCGCGCCCGUGGGCACAACUUUCUUGUUUUGGCCCACAAAAACAGGAAUCCCGGAAUGCAGCAGGUACCGGAAAACAUAAAUUUCCCCCAGGAGGAGGAGAAAAUUCUUCAGCUGUGGAAGGAGAUCGAUGCGUUUCAGACGAGUCUGAAGCUGUCAAAGUCGCGACCAAGGUACUCCUUCUACGACGGGCCACCCUUUGCGACUGGGCUGCCGCACUAUGGUCACAUCCUGGCAGGCACCAUCAAGGACAUUGUGACCCGAUUUGCCCACCAGUCUGGCUUUCAUGUGGAACGCCGAUUUGGUUGGGACUGCCACGGGCUCCCUGUGGAAUAUGAAAUUGACAAGACUCUCGGAAUCAAGGGUCCUGACGACGUCAAGAAGCUGGGCAUUGAGAACUACAAUGCGGAGUGCAGGAAGAUUGUGAUGCGGUACUCGAGCGAGUGGGAGACGAUUGUGACGAGAAUGGGCCGGUGGAUUGACUUUCGGAACGACUACAAGACCAUGUAUCCCUGGUUCAUGGAGACCGUCUGGUACAUCUUUAAGCAGCUGUACAACAAGGGGCUCGUCUACAAAGGAGUUAAGGUGAUGCCUUACUCAACCGCCUGCAACACUCCCCUCUCCAACUUUGAGUCCGGUCAGAAUUACAAGGAAGUCGUUGACCCUGCCGUUGUGGUGAGCUUUCCCCUAGACGACGAGCCGGAGGUCUCCAUGAUUGCGUGGACAACAACGCCCUGGACCCUUCCCAGCAACCUGGCUUUGUGCGUCAACCCCGACCUCACUUACGUCAAGGUCAAAGACAAUGCCACUGGCAAGCUGUACAUCAUGAUGGAGUCUCGACUGGAGGCCCUGUUCAAGAAACCGGAGGAGUACACUGUCCUUGCCAGCUUCAAGGGGCGCACCUUGUCCGGGAAGAAGUAUGAGCCAAUCUUUCCUUAUUUUGCGAAGCUCAAGGAGAAAGGAGCAUUUCGAGUCCUCUGCGAUGGCUACGUCACCGAAGAAAGUGGUACGGGGGUUGUCCAUCAAGCGCCAUACUUUGGAGAGGACGACUUCCGAGUGUGCCUGGCCAACAAAGUCGUCACAAAGGACCAGGAGAUGAUCUGCCCCAUCGACCCGAGCGGGAAGUUUGUCGAGCCCGUAUCGGACUUCGUCGGACUUUACGUCAAGGAUGCAGACAAGGAGAUAAUGAAGAACCUGAAGACGAGGGGACGCUUGGUGAACCAGAGCACCGCCAAGCACAGCUACCCGUUUUGCUGGCGCUCCGAGACGCCGCUGGUCUACCGGGCUGUGCCCUCUUGGUUCGUGCGUGUGGAGCACAUGACGGAGCUGCUUCUUCAGACCAACGCACAGACAUACUGGGUGCCGGAUUUUGUGAAAGAGAAGCGGUUUGGCAACUGGCUCCGGGAUGCUCGUGACUGGGCCAUCUCAAGGAACCGUUACUGGGGCACCCCCAUCCCCAUCUGGGUCAGCGACGACGGCGAGGAGGUGGUUUGCGUGGGUUCCAUCAAAGAGCUGGAGGAGCUGACGGGCGUGCCAGUCACCGACCUCCACAGGGAUACGGUGGACCGCCUGGAGAUCCCAUCGUCGAGGGGAAAGGGCACCCUGAAGCGCAUCUCUGAAGUGUUCGACUGCUGGUUCGAGAGCGGCAGCAUGCCCUACGCCCAGGCCCACUACCCCUUCGAGAACAAGAAGGAGUUUGAGGCCUGCUUCCCAGCAGACUUCAUCGCAGAGGGAGUGGACCAGACCAGGGGCUGGUUUUACACCAUGCUCGUACUUUCCACUGCUCUGUUUGGGAAGCCACCAUUCAAGAAUCUCAUAGCCAAUGGUCUCGUUCUGGCAAGUGACGGCCAGAAAAUGAGCAAGCGGAAGAAGAACUACCCCGACCCUACGGAGGUUGUCCACAAGUAUGGUGCUGACGCCCUGAGGUUGUACCUGAUUAACUCUCCAGUGGUGAGGGCUGAGAACCUAAGGUUCCGCGAGGAAGGGGUGCGGGACAUCCUGAAGGAUGUCUUUCUGCCCUGGUACAAUGCUUACCGGUUCCUUGUGCAGAACAUUGUCCUCUUUGAGAAGGAACAUGGAGAGAAGUUUCUGUGUGCUGCAUCCAUCAAGGGCGCAUCAUCGAACUUCAUGGAUCGAUGGAUUCUCUCUUAUACCCAGAGCCUGGUGCUUUUCGUCAAGAAGGAGAUGAAAGAGUACCGGCUGUACACUGUUGUGCCACGACUCGUCAAGUUUGUGGACCACCUGACGAACUGGUACGUCAGGAUGAACCGCAGAAGGCUGAAGGGAGAAAAUGGCAAGGAGGACUGCCAGCGUUCGCUUGAGACCCUUUGCAGCAUCCUGUACAUUAUGAUCAGGCUUAUGGCACCAUUCACACCAUUCCUGACGGAGUUGAUGUACCAGACCCUAAGGCACCUGUUCCCAGAGCUGUCUUCCAAAGAGGAUUCACGCAGCAUCCACUACCUGCUGCUUCCAGAGCCCAGGAACGAACUCAUUGAAGAGGUGGUGGAACGCAGUGUGAGCCGCAUGCAGACAGUGAUCGAGUUGGGCCGCAUCGUCAGAGAUCGCAGGACACUUCCUCUCAAGUACCCACUGCGAGAACUGGUGGUCAUACACAAAGACCAGCAGUACCUGGAUGAUGUUGCAUCACUAAGGCAAUAUGUCCUUGAGGAGCUGAACGUGAAGCAGCUUACGGUGACGUCGGAGAAGGAAAAGUAUGGUGUGCUAAUGAAGGCAGAACCCGACAUCAAGGCACUGGGAUUGCGCCUGCGUGGGGAGAGCAAGGCCGUCUCCCAGGGGAUCAGGGAGUUGAAGGACUCUGCCAUCCAAGCAUACCUGAAGGGAGAGAUGCCGACGGUGUGCGGUCACCGCCUGGAGCAGGGCGACAUCAGGGUGCAGUACAGCUUCUCGGGGGCUGACGGAGAGUUGCUUGAACAGUAUGAGGCACACGCUGAGGCGGAUCUUCUCAUCUUGCUGGAUGUGUCUCCGGACCAAUCAAUGAUGGAUGAGGGCCUUGCCAGGGAAGUGAUCAACCGAGUUCAGAAGCUCAGAAAAAAGGCCCGUCUCGUUCCAACCGACGCAGUGGUGGUCUACACGACGGUGUCGCCGGCGGACCACCCCGUGGCGGCGGUGGUGGCUUCCCACCAGAAGCUCAUAGAGGGGAGCCUCAGGGUGCCCCUCAGGAGGGGGGGAGCCCACCCCGAGGGCGACGCCCUCAUCAUUCAAGAAGUCCAAGAGCUAAAAGGUGCACAGCUAAAAAUUGUAAUUGUCAAAGACAGUGGUGGCCUCAUGGCUAGUGAGAGCCUGAAAGACUCAGCUACUGUGUCACCGACUUCAGUUCCAAAAUCAAAGUCCAAGAAGGAUUCCAAACAAACCGAAGUUGUUUUAGGAAAACAUGAUGAUUCCGAAGCUCCUCCAUUCUGUAGGUUUGUGAAUGUCGAGCUGUGCGGUGGCACGAACGGUCCGAAAAGUCGGAAAGCCACGGUUCUGCUGGAAAACCCGAUUGGCCAGAACAUCGUAGAUCUGGCAAGGCUACAGUACUUGGUUCAGGUGGUUUUCGAACUGCCAGGCAAGACGCUGGAUGUGUACAGGACAAGGGACAGAAUGUCCAAGCUAACCAGCCUCACUUCAGAGGACAUAAAGCACUGCAUGGAAAGACAUUAUAUGUUCAACUCAGUUAAGAUCCUGGAUACAGCUGACCUCUACUAUCCCUAA